AUGUCUAAAAACUUAAAAGUCAGACCUGAUCCUAUCACAAUCAAAAUCAGGAAAGACGUCGAUAAUGACAAAUAUUAUAUCAGGCUCGGAUCGAGCGCUGAAGAAACAUUCGACUUUCCAGACCCCCAGAGCAUUGUACAACUUCACAAUUAUGGAGCAGUUUGGAUCAGGAGUUCAAAUUUCAAUUUGAGCUCCUAUCCAACAUGGUUAGGAAAUCGUACAAACAGAAGAACAUCAUCUUCGUCGCCUUUGACAAUUAAUGACAGCAGUGAAGAUCGAAAUAAAGAAACCAAUAAUAUUAUUUCGAUCGAAAAGAAAGAAGUAACUAAUGAGGAAAGAUUGGAGAUCGCCACCCAAUUGUUUCCGGGUUUCUCAGAAUUUUUAUCAUAG